AAUUUCAAUUAAGGACCUUAAGCGCCUCGGGCGCCGUUGCGUUUCUCGAUCACCGCUAUAAAUUCAGGGAUUCAGAUUCAACUUCAACCUGUGAGAAAUGGCGACCUUGGCUCCUAAGCACUUCUUCUCUGCAUCGUCAUCUUCUUCUUCUUUCCCUUCAACUUCAACGAAACACCUGCCCGUCCUAUUUUCUUCAAUCUCGAAGAAGGCUGUUCAUUCACCUGGUAUUCGGAUAUCCAGCUCCAUCUCCAAUCCAUGCGGACCAAGCGCAAAACCAGCACGCGCAUCUUCCGUUACUGGCCCCACGACCACCGCCUCCCAGCCGGAAGCUUUCGUUUCCCGAUUUGCCCCUGACGAGCCCAGGAAAGGCGCUGAUAUCCUCGUUGAAGCUCUUGAGCGCCAAGGCGUUACCGAUGUCUUUGCCUACCCCGGCGGUGCUUCAAUGGAGAUCCAUCAAGCGCUUACGCGUUCUAAUGUUAUCAGUAACGUCCUUCCGCGCCACGAGCAAGGCGGCGUUUUCGCCGCCGAGGGAUACGCGCGCUCAUCCGGCCUUCCCGGAGUCUGCAUCGCCACCUCCGGUCCUGGCGCCACCAAUCUGGUCAGUGGUCUCGCUGACGCACUGCUUGAUAGCGUACCUCUGAUCGCCAUAACAGGGCAAGUCCCUCGGAGGAUGAUUGGUACUGAUGCGUUCCAGGAGACGCCCAUUGUUGAGGUAACAAGAUCGAUCACGAAGCAUAAUUAUCUUGUUCUCGAUGUAGACGAUAUUCCUAGGAUUGUGAAUGAGGCGUUCUUCUUAGCUACUUCUGGCAGACCAGGCCCAAUAUUAAUCGACGUGCCAAAAGAUAUACAGCAACAGCUUGCGAUUCCUAACUGGGACCAACCGAUUAAGCUGCCGGGAUACACGGCGAGGCUUCCCAAGUCGCCGGUGGAACCUUUAGAGCAGAUUGUGAGGUUGAUAUUGGACUCCAAGAAGCCGGUUCUGUAUGUUGGCGGUGGUUGCAUGAACUCAAGCGAAGAACUGAGGCGAUUUGUGGAACUCACCGGAAUCCCUGUUGCUAGUACUUUAAUGGGUCUAGGAGUAUAUCCCGUUGCUGACGAACAUUCCCUCCAAAUGCUUGGAAUGCAUGGGACAGUGUACGCUAAUUAUGCCAUUGAUAAAAGUGAUCUGUUGCUUGCAUUUGGGGUAAGGUUUGAUGAUCGGGUGACAGGAAAGCUUGAAGCCUUCGCUAGUCGUGCUAAAAUCGUUCAUAUAGACAUUGAUUCAGCUGAGAUUGGCAAAAACAAGCAGCCCCACGUGUCCAUUUGUGCAGAUUUGAAGUUGGCUUUGAAGGCCAUUAAUCAGAUGCUAGAGAGCAAAGGAAUCAAAGAUAAAGUUGAUUUUCAAGCUUGGAGAGAGGAGCUGGGCGAGCAAAAACGCAAAUUCCCAUUAAGUUACAAGACAUUUGAGAAAGAAAUUUCUCCUCAGUAUGCCAUUCAGGUUUUGGAUGAACUGACAAAUGGAGAAGCAAUAAUAAGUACUGGAGUAGGACAGCACCAGAUGUGGGCGGCUCAAUUUUACAAAUACAAGAGACCUAGACAGUGGUUAACAUCAGGGGGUCUUGGGGCUAUGGGUUUUGGAUUGCCUGCUGCGAUUGGGGCUGCUGUGGCUAACCCAAACACUCUCGUAGUGGACAUUGAUGGCGAUGGAAGUUUCAUAAUGAAUGUUCAGGAGCUUGCCACUAUAAAGGUGGAGAAUCUCCCAGUUAAGAUACUGUUGUUGAACAAUCAACACUUGGGCAUGGUUGUUCAGUUGGAGGAUCGGUUUUAUAAAUCUAAUAGAGCUCACACAUAUAUGGGAAACCCAUCUAAGGAGACUGAGAUCUUCCCAAACAUGUUGAAGUUUGCUGAAGCUUGCGGCGUGCCAGCAGCUCGAGUGACCCAGAAAGAGGACCUUAGAGCAGCAAUUCAGAAAAUGUUGGAUACUCCUGGCCCCUAUCUUCUUGAUGUUGUUGUUCCCCAUCAAGAGCAUGUCCUGCCCAUGAUCCCUAGUAAUGGAACCUUCAAUGAUCUGAUAACAGAGGGUGAUGGCAGAAGCAGAACAUCUAAGUAAUUUCGUGAGCCAUAUAAGAUAUCUUACUUUUCUUUUCGUUUGCUUUUUUUUGGUUAUAUCGUAGUAUCUUACCUAGGAAAUAUGAUAUACAUGGUAUUAUAAAUGUUGGCAUCAGAGACUAAGAGUUUCCGUACUAUUCUGCCAGUUUGGCAUCGUUCUUUUGGUUGAUUUUAUGUGUAUGCUUCGUUUGUUUUCUACCGCAUGUUUGCGUUUAAAAGUAGCAUGUGAUUGUGGUACGGAUUCUCAGGUAAAUAAUGUAUUUACGGACCUCCUAUGUGGGGAAGCUGAAUUAUCCA